CAUCCUUCAGUUCCACUUUUUACUGCGGCAAGGAACAGCUACCGGUUCGAGAGUGAUAACUUUAUCUCAUACUGGAAAAUAAUAUAACAAGCAGUAAUUUGAAGCAAGAAAAAACCUUCUCAACGAGUGGAAUUAAUUUUAUUAGGAGAAAAAUAGUGCUCAGAUUUCAAAAGUGUGGUGGAAAUCCAUCGUACUAAAAGCAAUUAGGAUAAGAAACUAACUCUCGGCAGCAGAAAAGUCGAGAGGACAAGAGUGAACAUGGGGGUUUCAACGGUGCAUUUGUGCUUGGUCGCAUUGGCGACGUUUUUAGCGACAGGAAUACAGGCACAAGGAUACAAUACGGAUGUCGAAUAUAUUAACAAACAAGAUCCCAUGAUAAAUCCUAGAGUUGAUCCGUUUGUAGAUACUUCGUCGCGUCAAAUUGCACAGCCGUAUAUUUUGACUCCUGAUCGAUUGAGACAAAUUCGUUCCGACUUGCUGUAUCCUUUUUAUGAUUUAGGAUCGCAUGAAAAUAUUGGAGACUAUCAGAAAAAUUUGAGGGAUAAUUCUCCCCAAAUUUCGAAACACUUGAACUUCCUUUUGCCAUUUUUCGGAAUGGGUUUCAAUUACACUUGGGUAUCGAUGCAUGGCUACUUGGCAUUCAGUGACGGCCCCACGUUGUCCCCAACGUAUCCAUUGGAAUUUCCAAUUGUGGAAUACCCCAAGCAAGCUGAUCCGUCAUUUAUUGGACCCUUCUAUUCCAAGUGUAAAAUCGGAGAGUUGGCUGGAGACGAGUUGGACAAUCGAAAAUCUGGUGUUUAUUUCCGAGUGGAAAGAGACUUGAUGUCGCGUACUGACCAGUUGGGCGUGGAGUUGCGAGAACGGUCCAAGUGGGAUGUUCGGGAAGGAAUUGUCGGAGCAGAGUGGUUCGAACCAAGGCAUGUUAUGAUCGUGACCUGGAAAAACGUUUCCUUUGCUGGAGGAACCAUUCAUGCUAGAAAAACGACCAACACAUUUCAAACCGUGAUAAUCACUGAUGAAACCAGAACGUACACCAUGUUCAAUUACAAACAUAUUGGCUGGACAACGCAUACUGAAGCUGGAGGUUCGUCUGAGGAUGGAACUGGAGGAACGCCUGCAUUUAUUGGUUUCAAUGCCGGAAAUGGAACCCGAGCCUUUGAGUACAAACCCUACUCUCAGUCUCCCAAAUUCCAAAACAUCCUUGCAAGUGGAAAUGUGAACAGAUUUCCAGGCCGUCACAUUUUCCGCGUUGACGAAAAAAUUAUGCCUGGACAGUGCAUUCCAGAACUUUACGACAUGACGGCGCACAGACAACAACUGACCUUCGCCCCUGAAAGUGGAAACAUGUUGGGCGGAACAAUUGUAAACGUGACAGGACCUUGCUUUGACAAAACAAAGAAAAUCACAUGCAGAUUCAACACAAUGAAAGUUCCUGGUGCUGUAAUUGAUGAAAAUCGGGCAACUUGUAUCAUGCCCCCGUUAUACGCGACUGGCUACAUUGACCUGUUUGUGGAGGUUGAUGGCAGCAACGAUCUUCACUGGAAGGGGAAAUUCCUCGUGGAAACGCCAUUUACUGCUCCGGAACUCGUGUCCUUCCCCGACAGUGACCACUUGCUCGAAAAUCCUCAAAAGAUGCUGAUACGCUGGGAUUACAAGAAUUUGACUUUGGACAUUAAUGCACCCGUUUCUAUCACAUUGUGGGGCUACCGAGAAAACACCAUCAACCCAGAGCUCAUCUAUAUCGACACACUUGCGGAGUCAAUUGCGAAUAACGGAGAAUAUGUCAUCAAUCCACAAGAUUUUCAUAGGAAGAAGACUGCAUUUGCUAUUAAUUUGGAAAUAGGACUGGUCACGGUAAACUUUUCGAAUCCGAGUGCUGCAAUGGGAAUUCUUUAUGCUCCAGUUUUGUGGAGUCGGCCAAUCCCUUUGGCGUGGUAUUUACGACCCCAGUGGCAAGACAAAUAUGGACGAGAGUGGAGUGCAAAAAUGUGUGAAAACUGGAUUGUUCGAGACCGACUACUCAAGAAUUUUGCUGCCGAUCUUCCAAUCUGCCCUUGCAAUCUGGAACUCGCCAUUGCCGACAAAGGAAGAUUCUUACCCGAUCAGAACUGCGACAAGGACGGAAAAGUCUCAAAUUGUCAUUUACAUCAAAAUGCAAAACAUUGCGUGAGAUCAGCAAUGCCAACACGCUCUGGUGCAGGGCAACAAUGUUGUUACGAUAUUCACGGCUACUUGAUGAUGACGUUUGAUCAGAAAUGGGGAGGAAGGCCAGGUCGAUCUCACGAUUAUGGUCACAUUCCAUGGAAUGAAGCUUCUAAAGUGCCUUCUUUGUCCCAUUACUUGCACGAUAUUGCCCCAUUUUUCCCUUGCUGCAUGUGGAAACCGGAUCAAAGUUGGUGGUGCAUGACGUUCCGUUUUGAGCGAAGAGUUUCUCAAAAUUGCGUCGGUUAUCAACGACCUGGAAUUGCAACCAUUUUCGGAGAUCCUCACAUUUACACAUUCGAUGGCCUUGCAUAUACUUUCAACGGAAAAGGAGAGUACGUUUUGGUAAAAUCUAGAACUGAUCGUCAGAGACUCGACGUCCAAGCCAGAUUUGAACAACUUACGAACGACGAGUAUGGAAACGAGGUCAGAGGAACGAUAUUGACCGCAAUAGCUGCAAAAGACAAUCAAUCUGCAACAGUGGAGAUUAGGCUUCGUCCCAGAGACGCUCAAUGGCGGUAUAAGCUGGACAUCAUUGUCGACCAACAUCGCGUUUUCUUUGACAGAUACCCACAGAAAAUUCAAUACUUUCCUGGAGUAAUCGUCUACACUCCAACCAGCAUUCAGAACCAGUCGCAUGUCAUUGCAAUGUUCGAGUCGGGAGCUGGAGUCGAAGUUAUUGAGAACAAGGGCCACUUAACUGCUCGAGUUUACCUUCCAAUGACAUUUUUGAACCAAACAAGAGGACUUUUCGGAAACUGGAGUGGUUUGAUCGAAGACGAUUUUGUCCUUCCUGAUGGUAGCUUAGGCCCAACAGGAAAUACGAAUAAUCUGGAAACAAUGCACAAUUACUUUGGGCAAUACUGGGCAAUUGACGAGAAAGAAACGGAAGAGAAAGGCUACUCCUUGUUCUAUCAUGAAAAUGGAAAAACAAGUUCAAACUACAAUGACAAAUUGUUCCGGCCAAAUUUCUACCUUGAUCCCAGGGCAAUUAUUCCACUGAAUGUAACUUUGAAACCGGAAGUCGUAGAAGAUUUUUGCGGAACUUCAUACCAAUGCAAAUUUGAUUAUAGUAUGACCCUCAACAAGGAAUAUGGCCACUGGACAAAAUACUACCAGUCUCAAUUCGUAGAAAUGAAAGACAAAGACUUAAAGCCAGUCAUUUCCUGCGGAGCCUUGAUGACCCCAAUUCACGGAAGGAAGAGUACCUUCUACUACACACCCGGAACAACAGUUGAUUUCGACUGCGACCCAGAUUUCGUCCUCGUGGGCGAGCGUCGCCGAACAUGUCAAGCGAAUGGAGAGUGGAGUGUCCCAACCAAAGGGUCACAAGAUGGUCGAACUGAAACGGAAUGGGCUAAUUGGAAUCCUGCCAAGACGACAAGAUGCAUAGAAUCGGGUGAACAUGCAAGUGUGUCAAGUGCCAAAACGGCAGGAAUAGUCCUGGGGAUCCUCGUUCCCAUAAUUCUCAUCGCUGUCUUCAUCCUCCUCUAUUGUCGACGACUCGCAGAGGCCGAGGACGAUCCAGAACUCUACUACACGGACAAAGCCCUACAAUCAAAACAGCCCAAGUAUUCCCCAUCUCUGCAGGAAAAAGGACUCGUUAUCCCUCUGACCACGAUGGACCCGCCCGUAGACGAAUCCCCGCCGAAAGAGAGCAUGAAUAUUUUAAGAUCUGUGCCAAUCGAACGACUGGAAAUUUUGGACGGUUCUCCUCGAUCUUCAAGAUCUUCUUCGUCCAGCAGACAACGAGACUCUGAUGGGAGAAGGCCAUCCAAUGGCAAAAAACCAGUUUCCGCAGCUCCUACUCAACCACCUCCCAGCAAGUGGGUUAAUGAAGAACAACAGCAACAGGCACCACCAAAUAAUAAGCAACCUUCAAAUUAUGAUGGCGUCUACUACACUGGCGAACCUAUUCCUGGUCGUGAAAAUAUUGAUUUCUCCAGUGACGAUGGGGACGAAGAUGGUGGUGGUGGAAGUGAUGACAGCCACCCCAGUUCGAGGGCAACAAACACUUCAGCUUUUGUCUCCCCGAAAGUGUCUGUUUAAAAAAUGAAUGUCUCAUAUUUUGACAUUUUUUAUAGAAAUUAUUGUGCACAAACCAACUUUUGUUACUACUUUUUUAAAGUUAAAAUGCAAACUCUGUAAAUAUAACGAUAAGUAUUAAUAAGUAAAGUAGGUAGUAAAACUUGUAUAAAACACAUUAAAAAGUGAAGAAUUUUUGUUCGUCUA